UCCUGCACUUCCGGCCGACCUGGUUCCGGUGUUGACAACUUGGCGGGAGGCCGCGAUCUGGAAGGGAGGGAGCGACCGGCCCGGGGUGGAGCCGACGGACGCUGUGUAGACCCAGGAGGGCCCUCGGCUCACCGCCCACCCUCCUGUCGGCGGCGCCGCGACGCAGGCCGGGACUCAGUUUCCCAGAGGGCGCCGCGGCGGGAGGACACGCCCACUUCCGGCGGCGGUGUGGCCCAGGUUCGAGCGGGCCGGAGGGCUGCGGGGUCGGCGUCCCGCCGGGAGCGGCGCGGCGUGGUACCCUCUGGAUGCCGGGCGUGCCCGGGCGCGUGGGUUGUGUCCGCGCGGCCCCUGGGUUGGGGGGAGCGUGUGCGCGCUCGGCGGCGACAUGCGGGGGGCGGCGAGCGCGGCGGCCAGCGAUCUGGGGUCCCCGCCGCGGCGAGGCGCCCCCCGCACAAAGCCCGGGGCGGGCCGAGGCCGGACCGCGGGGACCCCAGCCUCUCUCCCCCACACUGCUCGGGGAAGGCCACGCUCACUAAAUGGACUCAUAUCCAAGGGCCAGCGAGGAGCGGCGACCACGGGGCCUGAGAACGCAGCUCAGCCUUCCAAGGACACUGCCCUUCUCCGGCAGAGGAGGCACAAGCCGGAGGCGGCAGGGACAGGAAUCAAUCGGAAAGCCAUGCCCCAAGGCUUGGUGACAUUUGGGGAUGUGGCCGUGGACUUCUCCCAGGAGGAGUGGGAGUGGCUGGACUGCGCUCAGAGGACCCUGUACAGGAGUGUGAUGCUGGAGAACUACAGGAGCCUGGUCUCGCUGGGACUUUGCGUUUCUAAGCCCGAGAUGAUCUCGUCACUGGAACAGAGGAAAGAGCCAUGGACGGUGAAGAGAAAGUGCACGCGAGGCCAGUGCCCAGACUCAGAGGCUGUGCCGGAGACCAGGGAGUUCUGUCCGGAGAGGAGCCCGCGUGCGGAGAGGCUGGCGGACAGCCUGACGAGCCCGGGGCGCCCCGCGUCGGGGCAGAGCUCCUGGGGCUACGGUGCUCGGUUUGAGGGGCGGCCGGGCUUGGCGACCAUCGCGGACGCGGACACGGCCGCAGACGUCUCCCGGCAGCCAGACCCAGCCCAGCCGAGUCUCUGUGAGGAUGUGAUGAGGGAGGACCACGGUCUGGGGCGCGCAGGACGUGGUGUGUCUCAGCCUGGUCUGGCUUCUUUGCUGGCGCCCGGGAAGGAGCCCUGCACAGCAAAGAGAGAGCUGGCAAGAGGCCUGUCCCCAGGCCAGCGACCUAUACAUGAGACCCAGGAACUAUUUCCAAAGCAGGAUUCCUUUGCUGAAGUGGCAACAGACAGAACUUCAGACACUGACCUGGAGUGUUCUGCUUUCAGAGGAAACUGGGAUUCUGAGGGUCUGUUUGAAAGGAAGCUGGCAGGUCCUGAGACACAAUUCAGGCAAGAGGCAGUCACUCAUAGCAGAACCCUCUCUAAGGAAAGAGAGUGUACGUAUAACAGAUCUGCGAGGUGGUUCCCUUUGGACGUUUCAGAAGAGAGAGUUCAUAGUCAGGAUGCAGUUAAGAAAACGUUCCCCCAGAGUUCAGUGGUAAUAAGACAUGCAGGAAUCUAUGCAGGAAAAAAACUUUUCAAGUGUAAUGAAUGUAAGAAAACUUUUACCCAGAGCUCGUCCCUCACCGUUCAUCAGAGAAUUCACACUGGGGAGAAGCCCUAUAAAUGUGAGGAAUGUGGCAAGGCCUUCAGUGACGGCUCGUCCUUUGCCCGACAUCAGAGAUGUCACACCGGCAAGAAGCCCUACGAGUGUCUCGACUGCGGGAAAGCCUUCAUCCAGAAGACGUCCCUCGUCCGCCACUGGAGGUACUACCACACCGGGGAGAAGCCCUUUGACUGCAUCGACUGCGGGAAAGCCUUCAGCGAUCACAUCGGGCUUAAUCAGCACCGGAGAAUUCACACUGGAGAGAAGCCGUACAAGUGCGACGUGUGUGACAAGUCCUUUCGGUACGGCUCCUCCCUGACCGUCCAUCAGAGGAUUCACACUGGAGAAAAACCGUACGAAUGCGAUGUCUGUAGGAAAGCCUUCAGCCACCACGCUUCCCUCACUCAGCAUCAGAGGGUGCAUUCGGGGGAGAAGCCUUUUAAGUGCAAAGAAUGCGGGAAAGCCUUUAGGCAGAACAUACACCUCGCCAGCCAUCUGAGGAUCCACACUGGCGAGAAGCCCUUCGAGUGUGGGGAGUGCGGCAAGUCCUUCAGCAUCAGCUCGCAGCUGGCCACCCACCAGAGGACCCACACCGGGGAGAAGCCCUAUGAGUGCGAGGCGUGUGGCAAGGCUUUCACCCAGAAGGCUCACCUCGCCCAGCACCAGAAGACGCACACGGGUGAGAGGCCGUACGAGUGCAGGCAGUGCGGGAAGGCCUUCAGCCAGAGCACCCACCUCGCUCAGCACCAGCGGGUCCACACCGGGGAGAAGCCUUAUAAGUGCGUGGAGUGCGGGAAGGCCUUCGGUGACAACUCAUCCUGCACGCAGCAUCAGAGGCUCCACACCGGCCAGAGGCCCUACGAGUGCAUUGAGUGCGGGAAGGCCUUCAAGACCAAGUCAUCCCUCAUCUGCCACCGCAGGAGUCACACGGGGGAGAAGCCCUACGAGUGCGGUGCGUGCGGCAAGGCCUUCGGCCAUCGCCAGUCCCUCAGCGUCCACCAGCGGAUUCACUCCGGAAAGAAACCGUAUGAGUGCCAGGAGUGCCGGAAGGCCUUCAUCCAGAUCGGGCACCUCAAUCAGCACAAGAGGGUGCACACAGGCGAGAGGCCCUACGGCUGUAAGCGAAGCAGGAAGGCCUUCAGGCAGACCGCGCACUGUGCACGCCAGAGAACCCACGCUGGGGACUCGCCCGCACGCCCCUCCCGCCCUCCCGCAUCAGACCCCGGGGACCUGUUGCCCAAGUUUCUCUGGAGCCCACCCUCGCUCCCGGCCCCGUAGUCCCCAGACAGCGCUCCUCAGGUGGACUACUCCAGCAGCUGAAAAACCGGUCCCUCUGCUCUCUUUGUGUUGUUCUGUUUUUGUCCUUUACAAGUUUGCUUUUCAUGUUGCAGUCAGAAUGUUGGUUGUUUAUUUUUUAAGAGAAAAUGUAAUUCAUUUACUCCUCAUGUAAACACUUAGGUUGAGAUCCUACAGGUUGGUUGCUGCAUCAGAUGUGCCCAGCACAGUGGCUGCCCAUACCAGGUGUCCAGAAAUACUAGCUCUUUUGAAAACCUUAAUUUUGGACACUGAAGAGUUUCCAUAGUCGACUCUGACUAAGAAUGAUGGCUGGAGCGAAGCUAGGAGAAACCAGGUGGUAGGUCAGGGACAUGGUUUCGGGAUGGGCAAUGAGGCUUUGCCUGUGUUGGUGGGAAACUUGAUUCCGUGAUGUUGAGUUAGUAUGUGGCUUUUCAUUUAUCUGCGUGAGUGUGAUGAGACCUUGUUGUGGGGAAAUUACUGUACGUCCGACCACAGUCUUACAGAGCGUGUAGAGAACGUGGGUGAGUAGUCCAGCUGCAACAGAAGAACUGUAAGUCACAAAAAGGCCAGGUUUGUACGCCUAAGGUUCAAACUACUGCCGUGUUACUCAAGAAUUAGAAAAUCUGGCACAAUUUGAUCCUUUAAAGUCACCUGGACUUGUGAAUGAAUUCUGUUGAACUUCCAAGGAACCACUAACCUUGAGGUAAACUGAUCUAGACCAUGACUUAGGGCCAAAGUCUCAUUAACUGUUUUUGUAUGGCCUAUGAUUUAAUUUAAAAAAUUUUAAAUGAACAAGUGAAGAGAGUUAGAGUCUAUGACAACAUGAAAAUUAUAUGAAAUUUAAAUUUCGGUUUCCAUCAAUAAAGUCAUAUUGGCUCGCAGCCACGCUCAUUUGUUUACAUCCUGCCUGUGGCUGCUCUCCACUGGCGGCAGCAGAGACGGAGUUGCCUGCAAAACCUUGGAUACUUACUGUCUAUCCUUGUGCAGAAAAAGCUUCCCGACUCCUGCUCCAGUGCAGAGAAAAAUACCUAAACGGUUCUAAUUAUUUCUGUGAGGGUAAUACAACUCUCCCAUCAAAAACAGAAACUGUAGAACAACUUAUGAAUUGAGGUGGAAGGACGUUAUUAAACUACUGAACAAUAGAAAAUACGUCAAAAGGAGAAAUACGGCAUUUUUCUAGAAGAAAUAACACUGUUAAAACGUUUGUAAAUUGCCAUUCACAGCCGAGCCCCAGUAGGAUGUUUGCUCUGACAGUUUUAUAGUUGAAGCAGGACAUUUAAAAAAACAUUUUGGCAUAUAGAGAGGGUAGUUUUUUCAUUAUUGGGAAAUGAUGUAACAGAUGGUUAUCCACUCUCAAAAAAAAAAAAAAGGAGGAAGCACACUUAGACUGUACAGAGAAAAGUAAUACAACUCUGUAUAGCACCGCUAGUUAUGAAGUAAUUUGUCAGAGGCAGGAAGAAGGUAGACUUUAUUAUGGAGCCAUAGAAGACACGGACAAGAGAGUGAGCAGGCGUGUGCAAAGAUUUAAACAUCAGCACAGUGAAAGGUGCCAGAGAGAUGUACAAGACAACAGGCAGAAAAACCCAUAAAACGCGUGUGGAAGAAUGUGUCAUUCAGGAGCAGAGUGCUGUUAAACACACAGAGCAGCGCGGGAAGGUAACAGUGCAUGCCAGCAUGCGUGUCACGGUUGAACUCAAAUGUAUAAAGAAAACUUUCUUAACUCCACUGGUCAGGAAAUUACAAAUUGAAAGCAAAUCUUCUUGACUCCAAUGGAUUAAAAUCUAAGAUUUGGAUCGCGUCCUGUGCUGGUACCAGCACUGGUACACUGUUACCAGUGUGACUCUGUCUCUUCCCGUUUGGGCUGGCCAGGUGGCAUGACUUUUAUCAACAUUAUAAAUGUGCAAUCCUUUUGAAACAGUAAUUCCAGGUCUGGAAAUCUUGAUCGCAUUGGAAUAAAUAGACAGGUAAAAAUAAUGUUUACUGCAAAAUUGUUUUAAUAUGACAAAUAGAAUUUCAUUUUCCUGCCAGGCAGGCUGAUUAAACUGUGAUUAUUCAGAACUGUAUUGAGCAGUUAGUAGAAAGAGAUUAAUCUCUACACAUACUCCUGUGGAGAACUGUCCGUGCACAGUAUAUUAAAUGAAAUAUGUGAUCUGCAGAACCUUACGUGUAAAGCAAUCUUGUAGUCAUAGAGUCAAAGUUAAUAUUGAAUAUAUACGUGUGUGUGUGUGUGUGUAUGUGCAUGUGUGUCUGUGCAUACACACUUUUUCAGCAUACAUGUAGAAACCUGGUUUUGUCUUUACCACACUUUUCUGGCUUCUCCGUUGGCAUUUUCUUCCUCCUGUAUUGUCCUGGUGAACUGUCCGCACGUGUGGCUCAGUGAGGCCAGUCAGGGUUUUCGUUCGUUGUGUUUUGGUUGGAGCCAUGGGGCCGGUAUCAGGCUUUAUGCUUGGCCGUGUGGAUGUUUUCUUUUGGUCAUUCUUCAUUUUGGUUGGUUGGGCCCCUUACUGUACCAGCCGUCACAAAUACGGAAUAUUACUUCCUGGAGUGGAAAUAGGUGGUACUGAGUCAGCCGUGGCAGCACCCUAAGGAUACCUGCAUCUCUACCUAUCAUUCUGACCCAUUAAAACAGUCCCUGCUUCCUCGCGUCCUAGUUUUGUUCAGUUCUCCAAACCUUCAAGGUACCCAUUAUUCUUGUGAUACUUAACUUCUAAGUUAGAGUCAUCAUCUUUUAUUCUCAACCAAAGAAAGCUAGGAUCUAUAGAAACUGAUACCAGAGGAUGAUUGUAGAGAAACCGGGUGUCAGGCGCUGAUAUUCACAGGUCAGACGACAGACAUUUGUGAUCCCUGUUUUGUGUUGGGAAUGGAUGCUCAUGAUACAGCAGGAUCAUAAGCCCACUGCGCACGAGGGGCUGGAUAGCUCUUAUCAAAAACUAAAGGCGACGAGGCAUGCUCGUUGCAGAAGUGUAUGUGAUGCUUGUUAAAAGUGAAAGGCCGCUUGAAAUUCUGACCUGAAGGAGGACGUGGAAAUCAGAUCCUUUCCGUGGCUGCGUUAGGAUCAUCUCGCCCCGUCUAACCACGGGGCUGGCAGUUGCUGAAAGCCACACGCAGCAGUAGAUGUGGGUAGUUGCUGAGCCGUGAUACUUCCUGGAUUCCCGGCCUCGCCACUUCUCUUCAGUGAAGGUGAAGCGCCGGGAAAGAUCUGCAUCCAUGUAACUGGGAUGGGGCUGUCACAGAAGAUUCUAGCAUCUUAGAAAACUUCGACUUUCUCAAACCUUAAGAAACCUCCCUACCAUUCUCUUCACCCUACUUCUCAUGACGGAAAACUCUUGAGUCUGUUCUAGUCCCGCCGCUAUUGCUUGGUUGGUAACCAAAAUGACAUAGUUUGAAGUACAGAAAGAUGAGGAGAUUAAUCACAACCGGAAACAUUUAAUAUCCUUGGCUAACUCUACCAUCGAAAAUCUAGGACACAUUUUUGGAAGUGUAUUCUGAGAGUUAGAAAUUACAGUGCACAAUCGAUAGGGACUUGAAAGAAUUCAGGAGUUUGUAAUGCUGGAUUGGAUCUUUUAUGUCCGUACCCCUCUUCUUCUGCAAGGCCCCCUGUCAGGGUCUAACCGCCUUUCCAUGUUCUUUAGACAUGAAGCACCAGCAUGUUCAGUUUUCCUUAUGUCUCCUUCAGGUCCUGGGACUUCUCGUGAGAGCGGUUACACUUGGAAGGCACGGUGAAGCAGGGCACGUGUAGAAGCUGAGUUACAGGGCAGUGGUUACCCGUGAGAAUACAGUGAAAUGGUCGUAAUUAACCCCUGAACUCUCAGGAAUGCUCUCAUAACUGAUAUUUUCCUUGUAUUUAGUAAUUGAUCCAUAGGGGUGAAACUGCGCUAGGGUUUUGUUUUUAAUUAAAAACACUCAUGGCCUGGCAUCCAAGUCGCACUUUGCCUUGAGUCAAUAGAAGGGGGACUGAAUACUCUUGAAAGAUUGUAUUCAAAGUCAACUACGAACAUUUCCACUGGAAUUCCUGAAAGACUUAACGUUUAUGCUGAGUGAGGGCUUUUGGGGGAAUUCUUACCUCGUGUGGCUUAUAGCAGGUCCACUGACCACAAGCCCACUCUGUGGUUAUUCUCCCAGGUCCUGCGUACGCAGUAUCUGUUAGUGAUGCCUGUGACCUGCGUAGAUGACCCAGGAAGCUUGUGCUUCCCUGUCUGUCGUCCAGAAUGGAUUCUGGAAUGUGACCGCUACGGCUCAUCCUGUGACUCUGUUGGUUCUAGUUGUGACUGUUUGGUUAGUUUUCUCCAGUGUGGUUUGAAUAGGAGUGAUGUGUGUCCCUUGGGGUGUGUUUACUAAGGAGAGGUUGUACUGUCCAGCUGGCUGAAGAGUCUUGAUUGUAUGGAGCCGCAAAACUGCAAGAUGGAAGAACUAACUCUGGGCCCCUAAACCACUGUUUGGAGGAAAGCCUUCAGUCACUCAGGAACACCAGCAAUGGAUUAUUAUGUGAGUGAAAAAUAAACUUAUGUGUGUCCAGGUCA